CUAGCAAACAACUCCUUACUAAAGUUCCUCCAUCUUCGAUUCAAUUCAACAAAUUAUUGAAUCACCCGCCUAUUAACCUAGCCUCCUCCUCUGACCGCCCUACUCCUACACCGUCGACCAUCCGUGCCAUCCCCCCUCUGCUCUAGCCUCUAUGCCGUAAUUGAAGCCAGCUGUGAACUGGAUUCUUGAAUGUUGAUCCAAACAUGAGGAACUGUCAUACUGAAGAUCACACCAGGAGGACAAUGAGAAAAAUGUUUGAUAUUAGAAGUUCUGAAUUUAAUUCUAGUAAAAAACAGUGUAAGAAAGUGACAAAUGCCCCCAAAUUUGGGGAUGAAGUGGAUCCUGACUAUUCAUGGCUUCUUAAUUUCUUGAAUGAAAAUAUUGAACAGUCAAAACCCCCAAUGGAGGAUAUCAUCAGAGAUGAAGAUGAAGAUGAAGAUGACAAUGAAGAUGAAGAUGAAGACAAUGAUGAUGAAAAUGAAGAUGCAAAGUAUAAAGAUCCUCAAUAUUGCAUGUUUUUGAAGCAACUCACAGAAAAUGGCAAAUCAUAUAAGCUUAAAAUCUCAAAAGAAGAUGAAGCUCCUUGUUUUCUAGAAUAUGAACAACCUUAUGACCCUUCAACUGAUAUGAGUAUUACCCUUUGUAAUACUAUAAUGAGAGAUAUGCAAAUUGAUCAUAAGAGUAAAAGGAGCCUAAAUGGAAAAAAGAGGAAGAUUUUGAUGAAAAAAGAAGCUUCAUCAAAAAUCAAGACAGAACCCCUGAAUAAUUUGGGUGUGGAUUCUUGCUACCAGUUGUUUCUUAAAGGCUACAUACCUUCUGAAUAUGGUGCGUUUGUUUAUGAAGGAAAACGGGUGAAUUAUGAAGAGAAAGUUACUAAUUCAAAUUCAGAUUCAGAUUCAGAUACAGAUUCUGAUAUGAUGAUUUGGGAUAAAGUUCGGGAUUUGAGUGAAGCAAACAAGAAACAAUUAGCACCUACAAAAAAGGAACCAUCUUUAAAGGAGAAGUUGAUGUGUAUUCUUAAGAAGCCAUAUAAUCAAAAAGAGUAUGAAGAACUUUCAGAAUAUAUAGAGGAAAAAAAGCCAAUAUGUCGUCUUUUACCCUUGCGUGACAGGGCAAUAUCAUCUGCUCUUGGAGUCACAAAAUCGGUGCUUGACGAUGGCCCGUCAACUUUUCGAAGGAAACUUAAAGCUGUCAAGAAUGAUCGACCUCGAGCUCUUAAUCUCUUGCGGAUGUUUCGCUUCUGGUUAGAACAUCUUCCAAAUGAAAAGAUUUUCAAACCAUGGUUAUGUGAGGAGUUUAUGGAAGUGUUGCCAUCGAGCUGUAAAAGAUCCCACCUGGAUAAAUGACUUGUUUUUUUUUUUUUUUUUUUUUUUUUUUUUUUGUUAUUAUUGUUAUUAACUUUUUUUUUGGUCAUAAAUGAAAGCGGCAAAUGUAAAAGGUGGUUAAAUGUCGGUUUUUUGGUAGUUAAAUGUCGUUUUUAGGUGCAAGUAAAUGAAUGCAUCCCUGAUGAUAUGUGUUUUUUGAGAUGUUUGUUGAAAAAUGCAUCAAAGGUCUAAGGAUGUUUUUAUAUUUUUACAAUGUUUGUGUAUAAUUCGAUUGUUCGUGCCACGUGUCGCAUUGUUACUGGUUC